GAGCAAUUUUUGGGUUUAAGUGUCUUGCUCAAGGACACAUCGACAUGCAACUAUAGCGGAGCCAGAGCCGCUCCUCUGCUUGAAGGACGGCUCUGCUCUCCAUUUAGCCGCAGUCUGGGAGGUGGGAGGGGCUUGUGAGAGGCAAACCUAGAAUUCAACAGGCUUCUGAUCUCUUUAUAUACAGUAUGGUGUGGACUGGAAGGUUUACUGACACGGCAUCCACAUUUUCACAGACCUGGCAGAGCAUGACGAACCGAUAAGAUGGAGGUGGAAAACCAUGACAAUACAGCAGCUGGAAGAGAGUCUGAAGUCACAUCUGUACCAUCUGGGACGAAUGAAAAGGUGGAGGAGAUAGAGGAGAGUGCAGCUGAAACCAAAGUAAAAUUUGAUCUGGUGAAUGAACCUGGUGAAGCUCAACACUCCGAGAAUAAUGAUGAAAGCAGAGGAGCAGAGACGAUUGCAUUUGCAAAGCCAUCUUUGUCAAAUAAGAAAGUGAUGCCUGUACUCACACUGGUGUUAAUUGGUGAAACAAAUUCCAUUGAGAUUGGAUCAAAAAACAUCUUAAUUGACCAUGACAAGCAAAGAAAUGUGGAACACUUUUCAACCAAACUGUAUGAUUUGUGUGGUCAGCACAUCUCUGUCGUUAACAUGCUUGGUCUACCAAACAUUGAUGAAUUCCCAUUAAAUGAAGAAAUCCAUGGGUUUCUCAUGCUGUUACCAAAUGGCCUGCAUAACAGCCAUUACAGUUCAGGAGUGCAGUGGUUCGAAACAACUUUUGGGAAAGCAUUAAUGGCUUAUGUAAUGACAGUUGUGACUCAUGAGUCAGAUGUAACAUGUGAAAGUGCACUGACAGACCUGAAAGCCAACAGCAGUUUUGUUGAAAAAAGAUACCACACAUGUAGAAGAAGUAUGAUGGAUGAAGGAGAGAUAAUAUCGCUGCUGGAAAAAAUAGACGCCAUGGUCUCUGAAAAUGCUCCCCACUGCCACAGUGGACUGAUGUGUGAUGGAAAUAAAGGGCAGAAAGAACAGCUGGAGCACAAAGAAGAAAGGCUGGAGUCCUCAUUGUUUCAGCAAAGUCAAACAGAAGGAGAUAUUGAGGAGAAUGCAACUGCAAUCAAGGUAAAGUGUGAUACAGUGACUGGACCCGGUGAUGUUGAAAACUCAAAGAAUGAUGAAAACACAGGAGAGUCUGAAAUCACAUCUGUAUCAUCUGCAAACAAUGACAAAGUAGAUGAGCUGGAGGAAAGUGCAGCUAAAUCAGAGUGUGAUCCAAAGAAAGGACCUGCUGAUGUUGAACACUCAAAGAAUGAUGGCAACACAACUGUGGGAGGAGAAUCUGAAAUCACGCCUGCACAAUCUGCUGCCACUGAGAAAGGUACCUUUAAUAUGGAUAUGAGUGGAGACAUGGAUAAGAAGUCACUGGAGUUUUCUGAAGAGAUCAACAUGAAGAAACAAUAUCAAAGAGAAACUGAAGCACUGCUUGACAGACUUCAGCUUCAAGACAAACAUCAACAGAAGUUGUCUCCAGCAGAUUUUCUCAAAGUGGGUCCACCUGUGAAACAGAACCAUGACACAUCUGAGAAAGAUGUAGCUCAUACUUUUAUUCAGAGGUUGAUGAUGUUAGACUAUAGAGCCAGAUAUAUUCCUGUAAGAAAAAACAUUCCUGAGGUGAGCCACUCAAACCCUGUUGAAGAGUUUGAUACUGAUGACACAGACUAUGAUGACUUUGAUGUUCUUUACAGCACCAAAGUAGAUAUUGAUCAAUCAAAUCUCAAGACUCACCUGCAUCCAAUGGAUGUUCAAAUGGCGGUAUUUCACUGCUCAGACAGCUUUUUUAAGCAGAACAUGAUUACAAAGCUAUCACAAUGUCAGUACGCCUUACCCUUGCUUGUUCCUGACCCAGUAACAAUGGAUAUUGGCUGUCCUCUGUGGACAUUCAAACAAAUAAGAAAAACAUGGAAGAUAACUGAAAUGAAAGAUAAUUCAAACAUUGUCACCAUGAAGAGUAUGCCCAUCUGCAGAGCUGAGACACCCAUGGUGUCAUUUCUCCGCCUGGGUUCACCAUCUCUUUCUAAAUCUGAGCUGAUGAACACUUUGAUCAAUGAUCGUCACAAAACCUUCUUCGACAGAAACUGCCCAGGUAGUACCAAGUCUUGCCAUCUGAUGGAUGGUGUGGCAGAGAUUGCCUGGUACUGCCCUGCUGGAAAACCCAAUGAUGCCUUCACUGACUGCAUUGCCUUCUGUAAUCUUCAUGGUGAUGCUUUGUCAACUGUAAAACAGCGUGACAUACUGACUGACAAAUCUUCAGUCAAUGUUGUACUUGUACCAACUCUGGAACAAGGUGAUAAAAACAGUGCAGUGGUCUCAGCCCUUUACAAGUCUCCAAAGCCUCUCAUUAUUCUCAUUGCUGAUAGCAAUGGUGGUGCUGUUCAGAUGAAAAAGGGAAAAUACAAAAUGGGUUUAAAAAACAAAAACCACUCAGAUGUUUCAAAAGAAUUGAAAAAAAUCAUUGGAAAGAUUUUGUCUGGACCACAUGAAACCUUCCAGCUUGAAUCCAUGGCUGACGUUUCUGGAGUAAAAGUGGAUGAAGACGACAAAGUCUGCCAAAAAGGAAAAUCUGCUGCAAUGAAAAUUGUGGACGUGCUUCAGGGGAUGGAUGUUUCAAAGAUCAAAGAUAAAUAUCUCCCUUGUCAAGGCAAACUGUGGCAUGAAUGGUGCAACAUCAACAAAGGACUGUAUCACCUCAAAGGAAACAUUGAGAAUGAGAAAUGUAAAAAGGAACGGAAACUGAUGCAAAUACGAGAAGAUCAAUUCACUGUUUCCUGCAGUGAACCAAUGAAGUUGUUCAUUGAAAGCCUCUCAUCUUUGUCAGCAACAGAAAAAGAUUAUUUCUUGAAAUGGACUCAGAUCUUAACAGAUGCCCUCUCCACAGACGACCUCGGUUCAAUUCUCCAAAGCUAUGAUGAAAAGUGGGCUGAGGUCUUGGACUUGAAGAACAAGCAUGACAAAUCUGAUCUGCUAAAAGGAAAGCAAACUGAGCUUGAUGAAAUAUCAACACAACUACAGUCAGCAACUUUUGGCUUGGAGCACAUCUUCAGAGAAAUGGGACAGAUCUAUGAAGCUCAUGUAUCUCUGAAGAAACAACCAGAGAGGGGACAGACUGACUGGUCUAAAUACCCCGAGCUGGCUGCAGAGCUGAUGAUAUCAGGACACCCAAUGGAGCUGAUGGAUGGUGAUGCAGGUCAUGUACCUUUAACAUGGAUCUCUGGUCUUUUAGAUGAAGUCAUCAAGAAACUGGGUGACAAGAGAGUCUUUGUUUUGUCAGUGUUGGGCGUACAAAGCAGCGGAAAAUCAACAAUGCUGAAUGCCAUGUUUGGGUUACAGUUUGCAGUGAGUGCUGGCAGGUGCACCAAGGGUGCCUUCAUGCAGCUGGUCGAAGUGUCAGAGGAGAUCAAGAAAGACUUUGAGUUUGACUAUGUACUAGUGGUGGACACUGAAGGACUGCGUGCUCUUGAAUUGGAAGGUAAAGCCACUCUUCACCACGACAAUGAACUGGCAACAUUUGUUGUUGGUCUGGGAAACAUGACGCUGAUCAACAUCUUUGGAGAGAAUCCAGCUGAGAUGCAAGAUGUUCUGCAGAUUGUUGUUCAGGCUUUCAUGAGGAUGAAGAAAAUUAAACUUUCUCCAAGUUGUGUAUUUGUUCACCAGAAUGUUACUGAUAUUGGUGCUGCAGAAAAAAACAUGGAUGGAAAGAGACGGCUGCAAGAAAAACUGGACAAGAUGACCCAACUAGCAGCCAAAGAGGAGGAUUGUGAUGCCGAGUGCUUCAGUGACGUCAUUGCAUUUGAUGUGCAGAAAGAUGUGAAAUACUUUGCCCAGCUUUGGGAGGGAAGUCCACCUAUGGCUCCUCCAAAUCAGGGUUAUAGUGAGAGUGUCCAAGAGCUGAAGACCACCAUCCUCUCUAAAGCUAAACAGUCUGCUGGGAUCACUCUCUCGCAGUUCAAAAGCAAAAUUCAGGACCUGUGGAAUGCCCUGAUGAACGAGCAAUUUGUUUUCAGUUUCAAAAACACACUUGAAAUUGCAGUGUACAGAAAACUUGAGGUCCAGUACGGGAACUGGACCUGGACCCUGAGGAGCAACAUGUUGACCAUUGAGAACGGGCUUUAUACCAAAAUUGAAAAUGGAAAACUUGAAAAGGUUGAGCUCGAUUAUCUUUAUGAGAAAAUGAAUAAAAUCUAUGGAGAAAUCACAAAUGCAAUGAAAACAUACUUUGAUGAUGACAGAGACAAAGACAUGUUGGUUCAGUGGCGAGGCCGAUUUGAAAGCAAAAUCAAGGAGUUUCAUGAUGAACUAUUGAGAGGGGUUCAAAGAAAACUGGAUGACGUCAUCCAGCAGAAAAAUGCUUGUAAAAAGCUUGAUGAUAAGAAGACAGAGUUUGAGAGCCAACUCCUACAAAAGAGCAAAGAACUCGCUCAUCAGUUAAAGGACAAGGCAAACGAUGAAGAAGAACUUGAAAAGCAGUUCAACUCUAUUUGGAGUGGCUUGGUUGGAGAACUAACUGCAGAUACAAAACCUAUUAAGGACAUCAACGUUGACGAAGAUCAGUCAACUGUCCUUCAGGAGCUUGGUUUUGAAUGGGCUCUCAUACAUGAAUCCAAAAUCAGUGGCAGAUACAAAAACAUAGCAGAGUUUGGUAAUUACGCUUAUUAUGGAUCUCUGACGAAGCAUCACGAUCUCUCAGACACAAGCCAACAAUCUCAAGAUGAUAACAGAGAAAACACAAAAGGGCAAGGAAGUAAUUUUGUGUCAUCUAUGUGGGGGUCUUUGAAAAGAAUGUUUGUAUCUGAAUCAACACAACAAAUGAAACAACAUACAUCAAAGAGUGAUUUAUCACAUGAAGAAAAUCAGCUGAUCAGAUCCCUCAUUGACAAUGUUGAAAAACAGUCCCUUGAUGCAAUUAAGAGCAAACCUGUUGCUACAAGAGGCUACAGCCUAACUUACUUGCAAGAAUUGGCCAACGAUGUAAAACAAAAGGUGUCAGAGUUUGAAUCACAGAGUAGAUAUGCUCUAAAGAAGGAGUUCACAGUUGAUCUCUUGCUGUAUGUAUUUCACAGAGCAGGGAGAUGGCUUUCAGAGACCCACAUGAAAUUCAAAGGGAACAAUGAUGCACACUCUUAUGUAGACAGCAAGAAAAUGCAAUAUUACAACAUUUUCAGAAGCUUCUGCAAAGGAAGCUCAUCUGCUGUUGUGCUUGGACAACUGAUCUGUGACAAGCUGAAGAGUUCCACUGUUGAGGCAGUCUGUAACAAGACUGCCAUUGAUCUCGCUGGAGAGAUGAGGUGCAAUUUCCCAGCAUUCAAUGGGAACAGGUCGAACUUGGAGAAGCAUUUGUUGAAGUCACUCGCAGAGAAAGAGGACUUUGAUGGUUUUAUCACCUACAUCCGUCACCCAAGGAAGCAAGCAGAGACAUAUGUAAGAGAAGAAGUACAGAAAUACAUCUCCAAAGAACGAAGAGGGAAAGCGCUGAAUAUGCUCAAGAAAAAUGUUGACGACAUCAACACGCUUGUUAGUAAAGCUUUAUUUACUGCAACAGAGAAAGUAAAAAAGGGAAAAAAAGGAGGCCCAGACAUGUGGAUGGAGGAAUUUUCCAGUUUGCUAAAAGAUGAGCUAGCAUUCGGCACAGUUUGUUGUCAAAACUUCCGUGACAUAAACAAUUUUGACUUUCUAAAAGAAGAGAUACAGAAAGGUCUAGUGUCCGUCAAACAGGAAAUGAGCAGCCUCUCACUGGAUAAGAUCAAGGAAUUCAGGAUGAAGCCUGAUCAAAUCCUCAUUGAUCAGCUGUGUGACUGCUGCUGGGUAACUUGUCCGUUCUGUGCAGCUGUUUGCACCAACACCAUAAAUGAUCACAAAGAGGACCACAGCGUGUCUUUUCAUCGAUCUGUGGCAGUUAAUGGAAUGCACGUAAAAAACUCUGUGGAUCUGUGUAUUGAGUUCUGCACAACAAGUAUUGCAAGUGAUGGAAGUUUCUACCCUAACAGAGAUUCAGAAGUGCUCAUUCCCUUUAAAAUGUAUCGAACUGCUGGCCCAAAUUUUGCUAACUGGGCAAUUACCCCUGAUGGGUCCAAGCUGGAAUAUUGGAAAUGGUUUGUGAGUCGAUUUGAGAAGAAACUGGAAAACCACUAUGGAUUAAAAUUCCAGGGCAAUGGUCAAAUUCCCAGCGAGUGGAAAACCCACUCUAAAAAACAAGCUAUUCAAAGUUUGGAUAAAUAGUUCAAACUGUGAGUCAGCCAAUACAACCACAACCCUGCUGAAAAUCAUGUUACUUGUUUUCACAUGAUCAUUCAUUACUCAGAUUCCUAUAAAACAACAUUCAUUGACGUUUGAUUAUCUCUCCAUUGACGGGGGAAGUUGCGUGAAUAAUAAAUGUGUCAAUGAAUCAUUACAAACUACACGUGAUUAGACUGGUUCACAGGAAUCAGAUUACUUUAUGCAAACUAACACUUAAAACAAAAGAGUGCACAAGAACAAUAGUAAUACGGAGAAUUUAGUGAGUCAUAAAAACGUUCUCAAAAUAUUUAUAUUAAUUUCAAGUCAAUGACUCAUCUACAAAAUUGGUCUGUGAGGAUUUCUGUAAAUGAAAAUUGUUUUCAUAAAGUAAAAGUUGAGGAAAGAGUUGAGACAUUUUAUCAAUAACUAAUGGAAGACAUAUUUCUUUGUUAACCUGUAUGAUUCAUUUCUUAGAUUUGCAACUGAAAAUCCUGUCAUGAAUAUUGUAUGAUUGUAUGUUUGCAUGGCGUACGUUUUGUUGUGGGAAUUGUUUUGUUGAGAUGCUCAUGUGCUUGUAGCUGCCAAAACAUAAUGAAGAUUUUGCAAAGUGAAGUAGAACCAAAGAGUGACUGUUGUGAAACUGUAAAAGCCUGAAGAAGUAUCAGGUUUUCUGUUUGCCAUGACAACUUCUCAAAGAAUAUUUCAAACAUAACUGGUGAAGGAUGCUUUAUGAUUAUGAAGUAUUUAAAGUGUUAAGUUUUGUUAUUUCUAUCUCAUUUCAACCAAUCGGUUAUUAUAUAUAUAUAUAUAAUUAUGAGUUUUGUUGUUUUUAUUCAAUCUGUGAUUUAGCCAAUAUAACCACAACACUGCUGAAAAUCAUGCUUGUUUUUACAUAAUUAUUCAUUAAUCAAUCAGUAUUUGAAGUGUUAAGUUGUUUUGUUUAUCUCCUUUCAACCAAUCUGUUAUUUCCACACAAGUUUGAGUUUUGUUUUUAUUUAGAAACUUACUGUAUCCUAUUCUGAUAUCCAAGAGUGAUGUAAACAGAUUUAAACAACUUAAGUCAUUGAGAAGAAAUCUGUUGAGUUUAACCUGUCAUGUUACAAUAAAAAUAACUUCUUAAUAUCUACUGAAAUUCCAGGUUUUAGUGUUUAUGAUAAAGUGAUACCUGCCAAA